AUGUACCAACCACAAGGCGACGGCUAUCCGUCCAGGUCGCCUCCACCACUCCAGCAUCCCAUCCCCACACACCCGCCGUUCAAGGUGCCGGAUCCGCCCAUCUCGCCCAACCCCGUGCCGCAGUCGAGCGUAGCGGACCCGCACGUAUCGUCGGCGAGCCGCCGCGGUGGGCCGGCCGCCAACCUGCAGGCUGCUGCCGGCGGCGGCUACCAGCGAUUCGCAUCUCCGCCCAUCCAGUCACCGCCCAACCAGUCGUAUGCCUCGUCCUCGUACGCGCCGGUGGGCGGCAACGCGGGCUACUUUCCCAAUGCGCCCGGCCCCAACGCAGGUCAGGCGCAGGGCUGGGGUGGAUUCCCUGGACUCGGCGGUGCAGGAGGGCCACCGAUCAUGAACGAUGCAACCGCACAGAUGGGCGUGCAGUUCGGCCAGCACAUGGCGGCGGUGGGUGGCGAGUACGUGCAGAAGAAUUUCAAUGCGCUCCUGCCCAUGCCGGUGCUCAAGCACUACUUCAACGUGUCCAACUCGUACGUGCUGCACAAGCUGCGCAUCGUGCUGUUUCCCUGGCGUCACAAGCCGUGGUCGCGCGCACACCGCCAUUCGUCGGGCGGCGGCCAUGUGUCGUCGGCAUAUGCAGAGUCGACGUCGGCGGUCAAGACGGCCUCAUCCGGUGCAGACGGCUACCUGCCUCCGCGCGACGACGUCAACUCACCCGACCUGUAUAUCCCCACCAUGGCAUUCGUCACAUACAUCAUUGUGACGAGUGUGAUCCUGGGUCUGGAGUCGCGCUUCCAUCCCGAGGUGCUGGGGCUGCGUGCGUCGCGCGCGCUCGCCAUCGUCUUAGUCGAACUCGCCGCCAUCAAGCUCGGCACGUACCUGCUCAACAUUCAGGGCGACCAUACGAUGAUGGAUCUGCUCGCGUAUUCGGGCUACAAGUUUGUGGGUACGCUCAUCACGCUGCUCGUGGGGCUGCUCAAGGUGCGCGGGCUGGUGUACUGGUCCGUGUUCCUGUACUGCUUUGCAGCCAAUGCCUUCUUCUUGCUGCGCAGUCUGCGCUACGUCGUACUGCCCGACCCCAGCUCACCAUCGAGCCAAACUAUCACGCAUGCGCAGCGCUCGCGUAGGAUCCAGUUCCUCUUCUGCAUCGCCGUCGCCCAGAUCGUCUUUGGAUGGGCCCUCAUCAUCGGCAUCUUCAAAGACGCCCCCAAGUCCUAA